AUGGCCGAAGUCGGGGAGGACAGUAGCGGGGCGCGGGCUCUGCUGGCGCUGCGCUCGGCGCCCUGCAGCCCCGCCGCCGCGCCCCCUCCCGGGCCGCCGCCCCCGGCCGCGCCGCCCGCUGCCUGCACCGGGCCGGUGCUGGCGCGGCUGCAGGGCCGCGAGUUCGAGUUCCUCAUGCGGCAGCCGGCCGUCACCAUAGGCCGCAACUCCUCGCAGGGCUCGGUGGACGUCAACAUGGGGCACUCCAGCUUCAUCUCGCGGCGGCACCUGCAGCUCAGCUUCCAGGAGCCGCACUUCUACCUGCGCUGCCUCGGCAAGAACGGCGUCUUCGUGGACGGCGCCUUCCAGCGCCGCGGCGGCCCGGCCCUGCAGCUCCCGCCGCAAUGUACUUUCCGAUUCCCUAGCACGGUUAUAAAAAUCCAGUUCACAUCUUUAUACCAUAAAGAGGAAGUAAAAGAGGAAGCCUCAACACAUCCCCUUCGGCCACUUUACCCUCAGAUAUCACCUCUGAAGAUCCACAUCCCGGAGCCGGAUCUCCGGAGCGUGGUCAGUCCCCUCCCGUCCCCCACAGGCACUAUCAGUGUUCCCAACUCCUGCCCAGCCAGUCCACGUGGUGCUGGAUCCUCAGGAUAUCGUUUUGUUCACAACAUUACCUCGGAUCUGCAGCUGGCAGCAGAGUAUGCGGCGAAGGCAGCCUCAGAGCAGCAGGCAGAUGCAUCUGGCGGGGACAGCCCAAAGGAUGAAUCCAAGCCACCCUAUUCUUAUGCUCAGCUCAUUGUGCAGGCUAUAUCUUCAGCACAGGACAGGCAAUUAACACUAAGUGGGAUCUAUGCCCACAUUACCAAGCAUUAUCCAUAUUACAGGACUGCUGACAAAGGCUGGCAGAAUUCCAUUCGGCACAACCUCUCCUUGAACCGUUACUUUAUUAAAGUCCCACGCUCCCAAGAGGAGCCUGGAAAAGGCUCCUUUUGGAGGAUUGACCCUGCCUCUGAAGCCAAACUUGUAGAACAAGCAUUUAGAAAAAGAAGGCAAAGAGGAGUGUCCUGCUUCCGAACACCUUUUGGGCCUCUCUCCUCCAGGAGUGCUCCUGCCUCCCCUACUCACCCUGGCCUGCUGUCCCCUCACUCUAGUGGCCUACAGACUCCAGAGUGCCUGUCACGGGAGGGCUCACCCAUUCCACACGAUCACGACUUUGGCUCAAAGUUGGCCUCAGUUCCAGAGUAUCGCUAUUCCCAGAGCGCGCCCGGGUCUCCAGUGAGUGCCCAGCCAGUGAUUAUGGCUGUUCCUCCCCGACCAUCCACCCUGGUGGCCAAGCCAGUGGCCUACAUGCCAGCAUCCAUAGUGACCUCCCAGCAGCCCUCGUGCCACGCAAUCCACGUCGUUCAGCAAGCCCCCACUGUCACCAUGGUCCGAGUGGUGACCUCCUCUGCAAACUCUGCAAAUGGAUACAUCCUCACAAACCAGGGCACAGCAGGAGGAGCUCAUGAAGCUGCAGGAGCAGUGUUGGACUUAGCUGCUGACCACCGAGGCAUGGACGAGAAGCCGACGAUCGCGUUUGCCACCAUCCCCACGGCCAGCCGUGUCAUCCAGACAGUGGCCAGCCAGAUGGCCCAGGGUGUCCCUGGUCAGACUGUCACCAUCCUGCAGCAGGCAGCCCCCGUGGCCCUGGGGCAGCACCAGCUCCCAGUGCGGGCAGUGACCCAGAACGGCAAACACGCCGUGCCCACCAACAGCAUCGCCGGCAGCGCCUACGCUCUCACAAACCCUCUGCAGCUCCUUGCAGCCCAGGCCAGCUCGUCCACCCCUGUUGUGGUGAGCCGGGUGUGCGAGGCAGGGACCGAAGAGACGGCGGCAGCAGCGUCCAACAGCGAGCCCGAGGUGAAGAGAGCACGGCUGGAGGAGCCCAGUGCAGCAGGGCCAGCCCAGGCUGCUGUCAUCACACCCACAGUGCCACAGGGACAGGCAACCAGUGAAUGAAGAAGCGGUGGGAGG